AGUUGUGCAACGAUAGGCUGCCUAAUCGUGUAUGUCGCACGCGGCACAUUGGAACCAGCUAUCUCUUUACCGUUAGAUAGGGCUCUAGAAGCUCCUCUGCAGGGGACGUGCUAGUUGGUGCUAGUAGCCUUGAUACGAAGGGACAAUGACAAAACAACAUCGAAUAUCAGUGGUUAGUCUGCUUCUUGUGCUGGCGCUAGCUCCCGUGCAGGCGGACGGAGGGCCGGAGGGCGGGAGGCAGCAGUCGAUCGCGAAGGUCGAGAAUGCGACGGCGAAUGCGAAGGAUCCGAGGGCGAUGAACUCAUCGAGCGGGGCGAGGGUGAUCGAUGAUGCGAGGGCGGUGGAGGAGGCGAGGGCGAUGACGGUGCUAUUGGUGAAGGCGCCACGAGUUGCCAUGGCCAACGCGCCUUUCCUCCAAACCCUCUUCGACGCGCGGAAAGGAGGCGCGGCGACGCUCUUCCUCCCGCUGAGCGGCUUCCGCGUGCUGGCGGACGCGGUGGGGUACGACUACCCGCGCUUCAACCGCAUCCUCAAGUACCACCUUAUACCCGACGCGCGCUACACGAUAGCGGAUCUGAAGGCGCUGCGGGAAGACAGCAUGCUGCCCACAGCCGAGGGCAGCGACUUAAAGGUCUUCUCGCCGCGUGGCGCGAAAAUAGUGUGGCUACAGGGUCGAUCCAUAAUUCCUGCGGCCGUGACAAUACCGAAUCUCUUUGUGGGGGAGAACCUCAUCGUGCAUGGGCUGAGUAGGCGGCUCAUUCCCCCCUCGUUUUAGUCACAGUGCUCAUGCCCCCCUCAAGUAUGGGCCUGGUGUUUGUUACCUCUUGGUGACACAUGUGCACUAAUCGUAGGCGAUAGUCAGUAUAGAAGUGACCGUGAUUUUGGCCUUUUGGUCGCAGGCGCAUUGCCUGUCUUGUGUUGCGCACCACCACCAAUCAAACUGCUCCUCCAAUAGCGCUUGUGAGGGUGCACAGCUGUGGGAUGGCUGACUGGCUCCUAUCUCUUGCUCUGGCUUCUGAAUCUCCAGAUAAGAUGUUCACCCGCUGACUGUAAUAGCGCUGACAAUGUU